GAUUCUCCCCGGUUUCUCCGACUCCCCCCGUCCCCGCGGCGGGGAGGGGGUCGUCAGCGCAGAGAGACCCAGGGCGGCCCGUGGGAGCUUGGGGGAGGUGUGACCCCGGACGGCCAUCCCGUUCUCCCGGGCGGCCCCAGCCAGUCAGUGGCGGUCUUGGAUGCCCCGCCCCGUCGCGGAAGGAGCCUCCAGAGGCUUGGCCAGCCCGGGCAGCGCCCAGGGGCCGGGAGGCUGGUAUUUAAGCCGCGUCGGACGGCGCGGGGAGGCAGUUUGCUACUGCUGCUGCUGCUGCGGGUCAUAUAUCGCGGAGGCGCCCGGAGCCGGAGCCGUCCAGGAGAGCCAGCGCGCCGUCCAGCUCACCGUCGAGGAUUCCCGGGAAACUCUCGCCGCUCCGAAGGAACGGGCAGCCCGAGCUCCACCAGCCAGAAUUGCACCCGACGGCGGCACUGGAGCCAAGCGGCUCCCGCGCGAGGUAGCGCCCCCCACCGGAUCCUCGCACCCUGGAGCCCUCGGCGCCGCCAUGAAGCGCCCGCUGCGCCGGGAGCCCGCUUGCAUCAGCCGCUGUCGCCUCCUCCUCUUCCCGCUCCUCCCGCUGCUCCUUCACCUGCCGGGCGCCGAGUCCGCCUCGCCCGCCCCAUCGGGGCGCAUCUCGCCGCUGUCGCCCAGGAAGCCCUGGGCUAGAAGCCACCCACCAGCCUGGCUGCGGAAGAGGCUGACGACAGAAGAGCUUUCGGACAAGAUGGCCAGAAUGUGGCCGGCCUGGAAGCCUCCCGUGGUGACGCCAGGAAGCCGCCUCCACCUCUCCGUCCUCCCCAGGCGCAGACUGGAUCCCCAGCAGCCUGGCAGGCCCCCCCAGCACCGGCUCCCGUGGACUCCAGCCCCCCGUCCAAAGCGCCAGGCAGCCCCCCGCCUGCACCGCGCGCAGCUGAUGCGUGUCGGCUGUGCCCUGGGCACCUGCCAAGUGCAGAACCUGAGCCACCGGCUCUGGCUUCUGAAGGGCCAGUUGGGACUUCAGGAAUCCGCCCCCAUGAACCCCAGCAGCCCCCACAGCUAUGGGUGAGGGAAGCAACGGACUCCAGGACCGGAGAGGGUCUCCUGCCUUCCCCCUGGCACAUCUCGGAGCAGCUGCUCUGGACUCUCUGGCAGUCUGGACCAGGGUUUCUGCACCGAAGGGAAUCCCCCCUGCUGGAGGGGACCGUGAAGAAGCAACCAGGGCCCAAGCCCUGACUAGAGCCGGCUGAGGGGUGUCUUGGCCAUCUGAUGGAAAGGAGCAAAGCAGCCGCCCCAGACCCCCCUGCAGGAGAGGCGGGUGCAUAUGAGGGCUGGAAGGACUGUGCACAAGGUUACACCAAACACAACUCCCACACUUGCACUUGUUAUGGAAAAUAAUAAACAUCUAAGUGAUGGUC